CCUGGACCAGCUGGACAAGUGGGAAAUCCUGGCCAAAAUGGAGCACAAGGGCCUGCAGGACAGCCUGGUUUGAUGGGUGACACUGGAUUUUCUGGUCCACAGGGUCCACCAGGUCAACCGGGUCAAAAUGGAUCACCUGGCUAUGAUGGAUAUCCAGGACAACCUGGUUUGACGGGACAACCUGGGCUUCCCGGCAAUCCGGGUGUACAGGGAUUUACUGGUUCAACAGGAUAUAGAGGACCCCAAGGUUUUUCAGGUAAUAUUGGUUCCCCGGGUUCAACAGGAGGUACAGGCUACCCGGGUAAUCCAGGUUUGCCAGGACCACAAGGUACACAAGGUUAUAUUGGGUUACCAGGUCAAACUGGACCUAUUGGUUUACAGGGUAAUAAAGGAAAUGCGGGUGCUGCUGGUCCGCAAGGGACAUCAGGAUUUCCAGGACCAAUGGGAGCAACAGGUGCUCAAGGAUCUCCAGGAUUAUCUGGUAAUCCUGGCCUUCCUGGUCUUCCAGGGCCUCCUGCAAAUACGGGCGCUACCGGACUAACUGGUCCUAUUGGCUCACCCGGAAAUAUUGGACCUAUUGGGCGUAAUGGAGAAAAAGGUUGUAUUGAAGUUUUAUAUUACCACCAAUAA